AUGAACAGUUAAAAAAAAAGAAAUACAUUUAUAAAAGACACUCAUCAGUGAUUAAAGAGAUUUUCUGCUUCAUUUGCUCUAAACCGCUUUGUUUGUUGGCAAACAUCAACACCUGCAUAUAUAAUUCAAACUGUAUCCACGUCCGCACUUUCCCCGGAAAGAGAGUCUUCCAGGUAGGUAGGUAGGGAGGGAGGGAGGAGGAGAAGGAGGAGAAGGAGGAGGAGAGAAGUGAGUGGCCAGGUGAGUGCUACUGUACAGCCAUCAGAGAAAACCUUGUAACGAGCCACCGUGCGGCGGUGCGAGGUGAGGAGCGCGCAUAAACUUUUUAACCAUGGCUUUGACGCAGGAGGCCGUCCUGUCUCUGCUGAUAGCGGAGGGCGGAAAAGUGAAGAAAUCCGAGCUGGUGGCGAGGUUCAAAGGCGCAAUAGACUGCGUCGAUCCCGCACAGAAAGAAAGGAACAAGGACAUGUUCAAGACGUUCGUCAACGACGUCGCAUGCGUGAAAGAAAUCGACGGAGUCCGCUAUGUCGUGCUGAAGAAAACCUACCAGCGUUUAGUGGAAGGCAAACAGAGCGAGGGCAGCCCUGAGGAAAAGAGGGGGAAUGGACAGAGCCCGGAGACAGGUGAGCAGCAGCGCCCACCUGCGCAGGAAGAGAAGACUGAACCCUCCGAGGAUAAACCGGAUGGACCCUGUUCAGAGGAGGACAGUGAAAGUUGUGACUCGCUUUUUCCUAUAGAGAUGGCGCUGCAGAGGAGCAAAUACCCGCAGCUCAGAGUUAAAAAGAUGCUCAACUUUGACAUCCACAAGCAGGAUACAGAUAAACCCAGAGCCACCCAGAGCAAACCCUACGCCCUGCCUCUGAGAAUGGCACCCAUCACCAGCAGGGUCGAAGUACGCCAUGUCAAGUUGGACCCAGAGAACCCUCCCAAAAGUCCAAUCUUGGACCAGUUGAGGAGCAAGAAGAGGGCAUCUUCGUUGGAGACGGCCCCCAGGAGCAGAAGCAGCAGCCUCGGCUCACCCCAGCUGGGGAGGUCGGCGAAGAGCGCGGCGAAGGCGUCGGAGGAGCCCAGAGACACGAGGAUUCCUUCCAUGGUUCCCCUGGAGCAGGCGGAGCACGAGUGGAUGGUUAAGUGCGCAACCGGCCACUGGAGCCAGGUUUACGGGCUCCUGCUCAGAGACGUCCAGCUGGCCGAGAAGAGGGACUUCAUGUCAGGGUUCACCGCUCUGCACUGGGCAGCCAAGUGCGGGAACUGCGAGAUGCUCACCAAGAUCAUGGACGUGUCCAGGCAGAAGGGAAUUGACGUGGACGUCAACGUGAAAACGCACGGAGGGUACACUCCUCUGCACAUCGCCGCCCUGCACGGCCAGGGCUACGUCAUAACCAUGCUGGUGAAGGAGUACGGAGCGGACGUCACGGUGAGGGAUGACUGCGGGAAGAAGGCCUACCACUACCUGGGCAAAGACUUUCCUUCCGAGGCCGUGAGGGAGAUGCUGGGCGAACCCAAAGCGCAGCAGCAGCAGGCGCAGGAGAGGCCGCUGAGCGAGAGAGAGGAGCCGGACUUGUUCCCGGAUCUCUCCAAGGGCCUGCACUCGAUAAGCCGCCUCUUCCAGCCCAACGUGACGGCGAUCAAGAAGAAGAGCAAGCACAGGCUCGGGCUCUACUCCCUGGCCGACGAGGUCAUCGAGGAGCGAGAGGAGACCGGCUUCAGACCCAGACUCGCCUCCGAUGUUUUCAUGUGACGGACGAACUCUUCAUUCGGAUUAGUGGAAACUUCGAUUUGAAUCAUUUCCAUGGCAGUCACCAAACUAAAUCAAAGAUUUCUUGUUUAUUUCUGUGUUAUUUAUACGUUGAGACAUUAAUAUUUUAAAGUUUAAAGCGUAAUUUUCAUACUGAUAGACACAGACAGACACCUGGAAAAGCAGAUGUGACGCUCACACUGAAUCAUCAAGACUUCUGAAUCAGCAGAUUUGUAGUUUGAGAUGUUGCUUUCAUGACGUGUGUCUCAGACAUUAUUCAGGAGGAUCCUGUGAGUCGUCCUGUUACUCACACGUCUGAAUUGUUGACAUCAAUGACUUCCACUUCAGUUUGUGUCGUUAAAUUCAGCCCGAGUUUCACCAAUGAACCGGUGCUGGGGUCAUUUUAUGAUAAACUCUCAUUCUGACUUUUUAAAAUCUCCUCUUCGUUCUGUUUUUGAUUUGAAAAUAGGAGUCAAAGCUGACGGGAAGUUAACGCAGGACAAAGAACUUCUGUUACUCAUUUACCGAUAUCAAGACUUGACUUGCUCCCUGUUUCUCAGAUAAACACAGAACGAUUUCAAGACUCAAACGUGCACAAACCGAAACUCAGAGGCGAAUAACACAAACCUCAGGCAGCACUGUCAUAAAGUAACAGAAUAAAGAUAAAUAAAUAAAGAAAAUGAGGCAGAUUAAGAGGAAUGACCCCCUCACUCAUCACGUCACUCACUUUGACAUGUAUUUAACGGUGUGAAAGCUUUAAGGAGAAACAAAUGUCCUGGAGGGAAACUGGAUUUCAAUAAAAAAUUUACUAGAAAACGGGUUAAAAUGUGUGUGUUUGGUGAAGACGUGUGCAGGUGCUCCAUAAAUCAUGUGAAACCGUCUCUGAGGCUGGUUUUGAUGAGGCUCACCAGGAGCCAGAGGGGGAGAAAAUAGCAGCACUCAGAAAAGCUACUCGUCCUCUGGUUGACCUCAUCCCAUCGUCAGCUCGUCCUCGACUCCUCUCCUCCUUCGUGUCUCGUGAUGUCACUUCCCCGCCAGUCGAGGGUGUCAAGUGCGUGUCAAGAUGAAGCUUCAUUCAUCUUUCGGGCCUCUGGGGUUUUUUAUAUGAAGCGAAUGUUGUUGUUUUUUCUGCAGCUGCUGUGAAGUGUGUGGAUAAAGGCCACGAGCUAGAAACAGGAAGAGGAAGAGAGGGGGGGUCGGGGGUGAUGUGUGAACUCAGAAGUGUCAAAAGUAAAGAUAUACUCAUUCUGAAAUAGUAAAUGUGAGUUCAGGAAGUGAUUUGUCAUUUUGCUAUUAGAUAUGGUAGAAUUAAAAUACACCAGCAUAAACAAAUAGACUGAUCAGUGUCCAGCAGCUUCAUCACAUAGAAACUGAUAUAAAAUAUAAAUAAAUAACAUGCAAACUAAAGGUGCUGUAUUAUAUAGUAAUAUAAAUACAUAAUAUGCAAACUAAAGGUGCUGUG